AUGGAUGACGAAAAUAUUGAAAAAUAUAUUCAACAUAUAAUCGAUAUAAAAGAAACAAGUUUAAAUUUAAGUAAUCGUUCGUUACGUGCUGUACCAUUUUCUGUUAGUUUAUGUUCAUUUCUUCAGAAUCUCUAUUUAAAUAAUAAUGAACUUAUUAUUCCGCCUACGGAACAAUUAUCAUCAUUGAUCAAUUUAGAAACUCUUUCAUUAGAACACAAUCAACUAACAAUUUUACCAGAUACAUUAUGGAAUUUAACAUCAUUAACACGUUUAAAUCUUAGUCAUAAUCCACUUGGUCAAAUAUCAUUACAAUUAGGUCAAUUAAAAAAUCUUCAUGAAUUAUGGUUAACAAAUAUAAAUUUAUAUGAUAUACCAUUAAAUAUAUUUAAUAAUUUAAAUCAAUUAGAAAAAUUAUCACUAAAAUCAAAUCAUUUGCGACGAUUACCAACCGAUAUAGGACAUUUAAUAGAACUUCAUUGGUUAAGUCUUGAAGAUAAUGAAUUAAAUGAUUUACCAGAUUGUUUACAAGAUUGUCUAAAUUUAUCGUAUCUUAAUUUAAAUGGAAAUCAUUUUAUUCAUAUUCCAUCUGUUAUUGGAAAAAUUUCAUCAUUAAAUAUUGUUUGUUUACAACGAAAUGCUAUUGCCGAAAUAGAUGAUGAUACAUUAUUAAUGUUUUCAAAUAUGACAAAAGUUGAUCUAAGAGAAAAUCCAUUAGUUGAUAAACCGAAACAUUGGAAAGGUUUAGAAUUUAUUAAAGUUGGCCGUUGUAUUGAUGUAACUUCACUUGAUGAAGAGAAUGAUGAAAAUUGUUCUGAAUCAUUAGGUUCUAGUCAAGAUGGCAAUGUAGAAAAGAAAACAAAUAGAAAAUCGAUGAUGAGUGACGAUGGAAAACCUACAGGUGAUGAAAAAACAGCAUCAAGUAACAAGCUUGAAUCAAUGUCACAAGAUGAAUUAAUAAAAUUAGUUAAAAGUCAAAUUUUAUUAAAGAAAAAACUUGAAUCUAAAAUAAGUGAUUUACAAACUUCUAAUAUAAGUUUAUGUCAAACUCAAGAGCAACUUCGUAAUGAAUUCGAAGAUGAACAAUUAAAAACGAAAAACUUAAUCAUCGAUCUUGAUCAAUAUAAAAUCAAUGAAUCAAAACUUCAACAAGAACUUAAUAUAUCACGUGAAUCAUCAGAAUGUUUACAGUUACAAAAUGAAUCAUUGAAAUCAUCAUGUAAAAAUCUUCAAGAUGAAGUAUCGAAUCUUCAAAAUGAACUUUCAAAUCUUCGUUCAUCCUCAACUAAUGCUGUGCAAGAUUUAAUCAAUAAAUUAACUGAAACUCAAAAUACGGUUGAAAACCUUCGAAAUGAACAACAUUCAGUUGAACAAGAGAAAAUUCAUCUAAAACAGUCUAUUGAAAGUUUAGAAUUGGAAAUCCAUGAUUUAAGAUUAAAAGUUAGUUCUUUUGAUAAAGAUAAACAAUUAAUGGAAGAAGAACUCAAUAACUUAAGAUCUCAAUUAAGUACAUCUGAUAGUGAUAAAUUGUUAAGUGAAGAAUUAAAUGAACUAAGAUUAAAAUCCGAUAAAGAAAAACAAUUAAUGGAAGAAGAGCUCAAUAAUUUAAGAUCUAAUUUGAGCACAUUUAAUAAAGAUAAACAGUUGAUGGAAGACGAACUCAAUGAGUUAAGAUCUAAAUCAAGUACAUUUGACAACGAUAAACAAUUAUUAGAAGAAGAUCUCAACCACUUAAGAUCAAAAUCGAGUACAUUUGAUAAAGAUAAACAACUAUUGGAAGAAGAACUGAACGAUCUCAGAUUAAAAUGCAGUUCGUUUGAUACGGAUAAACAAUCAAUGGAAGAGGAACUGAACGAUCUCAGAUUAAAAUGCAGUUCGUUUGACAAGGAUAAACAAUCAAUGGAAGACGAACUGAACGAUCUCAGACUAAAAUGCAGUUCAUUUGAUAAGAAUAAACAAUCAAUGGAAGAGGAACUGAACGAUCUCAGAUUAAAAUGCAGUUCGUUUGACAAGGAUAAACAAUCAAUGGAAGAGGAACUCAAUAGUUUAAGAUCAAAAUUAAGUAUACUUGAUAAAGAUAAACAACUGAUAGAAGAAGAAUUCAAUAAUUUAAAAUCAGAAAGAAGUUCAUAUGAUAAAGAUAAACAAAUUAUGGAAGAAGAACUCAAUGAAUUAAGAACUAAAUUGAACACAUUUAAUAACGAUAAAAAGUUGAUGGAAGAAGAAAUCAAUGCUCUAAGAUCAAAAUCCUGUUCAUUUGAUAAUGAUAAACAAUUAAUGGAAGAAGAACUCAAUUACUUAAGAUCAAAACCCAGUUCAUAUGAUAACGAUAGACAGAUUAUGGAAGAAGAACUCAAUAACUUAAGAUCUCAACUGAGCACAUUUAAGAAAGAUAAACAGUUAAUGGAAGAAGAACUUAAUGAUUUACGAUUAAAGACCAGUUCAUUCGAUAGAGAUAAACAAUUAAUGGAAGAGGAACUCAACAACUUACGAUCAAAAUUAAGUACAUGUGAUAACGAUAAACAAUUACUAGAAGAAGAAUUCAACAACUUAAGAUCCAAAUUAAGUACAUAUGACAACGAGAAACAGUUGAUGGAAGAAGAACUCAAUGGUUUAAGAUCAAAACAGAGUAUAUUUGAUAAGGAUAAGCAAAUAAUGGAAGAAGAAAUGAAUAAUUACCGGAAAAAAAUAGAAACUUUUGAAAUAGAAAAUACUGAAUUAAAGAAUACUCAACAACGAUUAUUAGAAACUCCAAUGCAUCAAUCAAAUGAAAAUUUUGAUGAAAUUAUUUCUCAACAUAUCGAUUCUUUUCUUAAUCGUACUGACGAAGAAGCACAACAUAUAUCAAAGAUAUUAUCAGAUAUUCCAACAUUACUUCAAUCAAUGAGAAUAACAAACUAUAAAAGUGAAGAGUUUUCUAAUCAAUUAAAUCUUGAAAGUCUUCUUCGUUUAUGUUCAUUAUUAAUUGAAAGAUGUGAAGUUUUACAAAAUGAUAAUAUAUUAAAUAAUUCAUCAAUAAAUAAGGAACUUCUUUCAAUUACUCAAAAUGAUAAUUAUGAACAAUGCCGAUUAUUAAUUCAUCGACAAGAUCAUCCUGGAUUAGAUACACUUUUUCAAUAUCUUCAUUCAUGGAUGAAUCAAUCAAAUGAUUCAAAUGAUUGGGAACUUUGUCUGGCGAAACCCAUUGAUCAGAGCACAAAUCCAUACAUUCGAUUAGAAUUAAAUGAUUUCAAAUUUGUUCCCGAACAAAUCGAACAUGAACUUACACAAGUACGUUUUCAACUUGAUCAAUUAUCAAAAGAGAAUGAAGAACAACGCUGUGAAAUUGCUAAUUUCGAAGAAAAUCUUCGUUCUUUUGAACAAUUAAAAGAACAAUAUGCAGAAAAAUGUGAGAAAACAAAUCAAUUACAAAAUUUUAUUAAUCAAGAAACUAUUGAUAAAAUGAAAUUUGAUCAACUUGAAUCAUUAUAUAAAGAACUUCAACAAAAAUAUGUUCAUCUCGAACAAAUCAAAUCUGAAUAUGAUUUAUUAAAAGAAAAUUUCAAUAGAACAAAUCUUCAAUUACAAGAUCAACAAGAAAAAUAUCAAAUUGAAAUAGUUAAUCUUCAAAAUGAAAUAAAACAACAACAAGAAAAAUUUGAUAAUAAAAAUCAUAUUCAUGAUGAACGUUAUUCAUCAUCAUUAAAACAAACACAACAAUUAAGUGAUUUACUUGAAACAGAAAGAAAUGAAAAUAAAAAAUUAAAAACUAUCAAUCAACAAUUAGAAAAUGAUUUAAAAGAGAAUAAUCAAUUAUUUUUUGAAAAAACUAAACAAGCCGAUGAUUUAGAUAAACAAUUACAAACAAUAAAUAAUGAAUAUCAAAGUUUAAAAAUAAAAUUUGAUCAAAUAAAAGAUGAAAAAACUAAAUUUAUGAAUGAUAUUAAUUUACUUACGGAAAAAAUACAAAAUUUCGAAAUAGAAAAAUCUGAAUAUUUACAAAUUAUUAAUAAUUUAAAACAAGAUCUAGAAGAUAACAGAUUAAAUUCUGAUCAAAUGAUAAAAAAGAUUAAAGAAGACAGUCAUCAAGAAAAAAUUCAAAUGGAAAAUAAUCUACAAAAAACGAUUGAAAAUCUUAAACAAGACUUACAAACUACAAAAAAUGAACUCAAAAAUCAUCAAUUAGAAUCAACUGAAGGAAAAAAAUUAAUUCUUGAAAAUGAACAAAUUCAAAUAAAUAAUCUUCGAUCUGAAUUAGAAAAUUUUCAAAAAGAAAAUGAAACAUUGAAUCAAACUAUUAAUGAAUUAAAUCAGAAACUUGAAAAUCAAAUAAUUCAAUCCAAUGCACUAAUUCAAGAUCAUCAAGAAAAACAACAAAAAAUGAAACUUUUAUUAUCACGUCUUAAAAAAGAAUUACAAGAAAAAACUCAACAACCAAAACAAAGUUUAAUCGAUCUUGAAUUAGCUGAUUAUGAAAAAACAAUUAAAACAUUAAAAGAUAAUUUAACACAUAAAGAUAAAGAAAUUCAAGAUUUACGUGAUGAAUUAACAAGUAUUAAUGAAAAAAAUCUUUCUCUUAAACAAGAAAUGGAAAAUUUAGAACAAUUAAAAUUACAAACAGAAGAACGUGCUGAUAAACUUAAAACAUUAUUAGAUACAACUAAAAGAGAUCUACAAAAUGCUAAAGAUCUUGAACAACAAAGAUAUCAAAAUGAUGAUAAUCUACGAACAUUAUUUGAUAAAUUACAAAUUGAAUUAGAUAAUAAUAAAGUAAUUAUUAGUCAAUUACUUUCGGAAAAACAACAAUUAGUUGAACGAUUAAAUAAUCAAAGUGAAACAAAUCAGAAAACAAUUAAUUUACUUGAACAAAAUUUACAUAUUGCAAAACACGAGUUGGAUAUAGCUAAACAGGACAAAGAAACACUUCAAGAUGAUUUUAAUAAUUAUAAAAUACGAGCACAAAGUGUUCUUAAACAACAAUCGACUCAACGUGAACGUAUACCACCAGUAGCUGAUAAACAAGCUGAACUAGAAGAAACAAUUGAAAAAUUAAAAACAGCUCUUCGAGAAGCAAAUAAUAAAAUUCAAUUAUUAAAAUCUGAAAAUGAAAUAUUACAAAAAGAACAAGAUCGUAUGAAUGAAGUACAAACUAAAAUAAUUAAUGAAUCAAGAAAACGUGAACAAGAUCUUCGAAAACAACAUCAAAUGGAACUUGAGAAGAUGGAAAAUGAAUGUUUAAAACGAACGAAUGAUAGUCAUGAUAUGAUGAAAAGUGUUACACUUCAAAAUGAAACACUUUCGAAAACAUUUAAGGAACAAAUAGCUGCCAUUGAAACUGAUCAUGAACGUUCAAUAUCAAUUUUACAAAAUCAAUUACAAGCAUCAAAACAAGAAAUUGAACAAUUUAAAAAUCGUAUUGAAUUAUUACGACAAACAAAUGUUGAUAAUGACAAAGAAUCUUCUCAAAUAAUAUUGAAUAAUGAUAUUAAUAAAGAUGAAAUUCCAUGGACUUUUUCAGAACGUCAACAAGGCGAAGGAUCUGAAUCAGCCAGUAUUGAUUAUCAACCACCUGAUGUUGCUGUUAAAACUUUAGAAAACGUUUUAUUCGGUAAUACUCAGACUCCACAAUCGCCAUCAUCCAAUUUGGAAAAACCUCGUCAUAUACUUUUCGAAGAUGUUGAAUUAGAACGUCAACGUAUUGAAGAAGAACUUAAUAAAGCCAAAUAUCGUUUACUUAAUACAACUGAACUUCUUAAUGAAUCAGAAUUAAAUAAUGUACGUUUAAGUGAACAAGUAUCAUUACUUAAAGAUGAAAUACGACGUAUUGAACGUAAUAUGGAUCGUGCUGAAUCAAUAUCAAAUUUAGAAUAUUUAAAAAAUAUAAUUUUAAAAUUUUUUAUAUUAAAAACUACACAUGAACGUUUACAAAUAAUACCUGUUCUUGUUACAAUGCUUAAGCUAAGUCCUGAUGAGCAAGCUAAUCUUGUUCGUGUCGCACAACAAACAACAUCUAUUGUAGACACUUCAUCAAACAGUGAACCUAAUGCACAACAAGUCACUAAUAGUGCUAAUUCAAAUUCUUCUUCUUCUUGGGGUUCUUAUUUAAAUAUUUGGUGA